AUAUAAAGUGAGUAUAUAUUCAUCUAAUCUGAUAUUUUGUACCUGGAAUAGAAAUAGUCGCCUUAACAUUUCUUUUCCCCUUAUUUCAUAGGUUUAUUUAACAGAGUAACUGAAUUCUUCCUUCUAGAACCUAGUAUUCAAACGUUAGACUGGACCCUAUCGGAGAAUUUAUCAUCUGUUUAUAAAAUAUAUAUACCUAUUUGGGAACUGUUAUAUUCAUCAUCUGUUUUAUCAGUGUCUGAACUGUAUAGAGAAAUUUGAGUUUUUUUUCUCUUUGGGUGGUGGUGGUUGAAUUUGUGGUAUACAUUUUUCUGUCGAGAGCUCUUGGGCAAUGGAUACGAUUGGAUUGAGGAGGCCAUUGGCAGUAGAAAAUCUCAAUUUUGAUGAACUAGUCAUCAGUUCUCCUGGCCAAAAGAGAAUCCAGAGCAUACCCCAUUUGAGAGAGUAUGCAGAGGGUUUACCUAGUUUUGCAAACCCUUUGAUGCAUAAUCAGUAUUUUAACCCCAUUGAGGGGUUUUUUGUGAGUGAGGCUGAUAUGGUCAUGGAGAACAUAGCCAUAGACUUAAACACAAUAGGAUCAGAGACCCAGAUACUGUAUCAUAGGGCAGGGCCUAGGUCUAAGGUUUGUUUCAGCCCCCAUGAGGUCAAAGCUGCCAUUGUCACAUGUGGAGGGCUCUGCCCUGGGCAAAAUACAGUUAUAAGAGAGCUUGUAUGUGGGCUGUGGUUUCAGUAUGGAGUGAGGGAUAUCAAGGGGAUUAAGUCUGGUUAUAGAGGAUUUUAUUCAUCAAAGCCUGUGGAUCUGUUUCCUAAGUUAGUGCACGAUUGGCACAAGAGAGGUGGUACACUUCUCGAAACUUCAAGGGGAGGGUUUGAUCUGAAGAAGAUAGUGGAUGCAAUUGAGGAUCAUGGGUUUAACCAGGUUUAUAUUAUUGGUGGGGAUGGGACCAUGAGGGGUGCCGUGAAGAUUUUUGAGGAGGUUCGGACAAGGAAGCUCAGGAUUUGCAUUGCAGGGAUUCCUAAGACCGUGGAUAAUGAUGUGGCGAUCAUUGACAGAUCUUUUGGCUUUCAGACAGCGGUUGAGACAGCACAAGAUGCUAUCAAUGCAGGACAUGUUGAGGCACAGAGUGCAACCAAUGGGGUGGGGCUAGUCAAGUUGAUGGGACGUAAUACAGGGCACAUUGCACUUCAUUCCACGUUGGGUAGCAGGGAUGUGGAUUGCUGCCUUAUACCUGAGAACCUAUUUUAUCUUGAAGGAGAAGGGGGAUUGUUCGAGUUUUUGGAGCAGCGAUUGGCGGAGAAUGGGCAUUUUGUGCUUGUUGUUGCAGAGGGAGCUGGACAGGAUUUGAUUCCAAGGACCCCUGAGGAAAAGGAGAAGAGGGAUGAAUCAGGAAAUCCCAUCUUUUUGGAUGUUGGGCCAUGGCUCAACAAUGAGCUGAAGCAGUGGUGGAAGAAACAUCACCCCGAUGAGCUCUUCACUGUGAAAUAUAUUGAUCCAACCUACAUGAUCCGAGCUGUGCCGGCCAAUGCUACUGAUAAUACCUACUGCACUCUCCUAGCUCAUUCUUGCAUACAUGGUGUCAUGGCAGGCUACACGGGAUUUGUUGUAGGACCUAUCAAUGGGAAUUAUGCCUACAUUCCCUUGGUUCGGGUGGCUUCUACUCAAAACUUUGUGAAUAUCAAUGAUCACAAAUGGGCGUGGGUGAGGUCGGUUACCAAUCAACCAGAGUUUUCAAAGAUCACAAAGUCUCGUAAGGCAGAUUGAUUUCCGGCAUAUUUGACAGGCAGGAUGCAUUACAUUAUAGUUUGAAGAUAGACCUACAACCCAGUGUUUCAGAUCACAUCCUAUAUUUUAGCUACUUUUUGAUGUCUACAUCUCCAAUGAUUUAGGGCUUUGUUUGUAUUCGGAUGAAAUUGUCAUCCUGGGGUUUUUCCUUAAAUUUGGCAUAAAUAUUAAUCAGCAUGAAUAUAAUUAUGAUAGAUGGUUGCAUCA